CCAGGCAGCAUUUUAAAAAACAAAUGUUCGGGCCUUUUUUGAGGCGGCCGGGAAGAUGGCGGACAUUCAGACUGAGCGCACCUACCAAAAGCAGCCAACCAUCUUUCAAAAUAAGAAGAGGGUCCUGCUUGGAGAAACUGGCAAGGAGAAGCUCCUGCGAUACUACAAAAAUAUCGGUCUGGGCUUCAAGACGCUCAAGGAGGCCAUUGAGGGCACCUACGUUGACAAGAAAUGCCCCUUUACUGGUAAUGUCUCCAUCCGAGGGCGGAUUCUUUCUGGUGUGGUGACCAAGAUGAAGAUGCAGAGGACCACUGUCAUCCGCCGAGACUACCUCCACUACAUCCGAAAGUACAACCGCGUUGAGAAGCGCCACAAGAACAUGUCUGUGCACCUGUCCCCCUGCUUCAGGGAUGUCCAGAUCGGCGACAUCGUCACAGUGGGUGAGUGCCGGCCCUUGAGCAAGACUCUGCGUUUCAACGUGCUCAAAGUCACAAAGGCUGCUGGCACCAAGAAACAGUUCCAGAAGUUCUGAGACAUCUGUCCACACCCCUGAAGAAAAUAAAGUUAUUUUCCCAGCCAGGAAAAAAAAAAACAAAAAACAAAUGU